AUGGAGUCUCUUCGAUCGGUUAUCGGUUAUGGCUGGACUGGAGGCAGGAGAGUUCAUGGUGUCCAUAGACAUCAAGGACACCUAUCUUCACAUUCCCAUCUGGAUCCCAUACUAGAAAUAUCUCAAGUUUGCGAUUCAAGAUGCACAUUACCAAUUCCAAGCUUUACCCUUUGGCCUAUCCUCGGCGCCAAGGGUAUUUACAAAAGUGAUGGCAGUUAUGAUGGAAUUACUGCACACCCUCGACGACUUACUAAUCAAAGCUCAUUCCAAAGAUGUCUUGAUCAGGGACAUUGCUGCAACUCAUCUUUUACUUAUCCAACACGGGUGGAUACUAAACUUCCAAAAAUCUCAACUUCAUCCUACUCAGAGGAUUCAAUUUUUAGGGAUGAUUUUGGACACAGUUCUGCAGCGGGUUAUCCUCCCUCAGGACAAGAUUCACUCGAUUCAAACCGUGACACGACAGGUCCUCCAACAUUGCAGAGUGUCAAUUUACUAGUGCAUAUGUCUUCUGGGAAGGAUGGUGGCCGCCCUCGAGGCUCUACCAUAUGGACGGUUUCACUCCAGGCCUUUUCAAUUAGACCUGUUGUCCCAAUGGUCGGUAUCGUAUCUGUUUCUCCAACAGAGAGUACAACUGGCUCCCAAAACACAGUGUUCCCUUCUGUUGUGGACCAUAUCAGCAAACCUGUCACAGGGCAGACGGUUCGCUAUAUCGAACUGGAUCCUUCUCACCACAGAUGCCAGUUUAAGAGGUUGCGGAGCACAAUGGCUUCUUACAUGGACCGAGAGUUCACAACUGGAUUCAUUGAUGUGUAUCGGGCCAGCGAAUGUCUGUGGAAGGUCCGUAGAAAGGAUUUUUCAAACAGACAGAAGAAGGAUCAGGCCUACAGACAAUUGGUGGAGUACAGCAAAGCCCAUAACAGUGAUGCGGAUCUAAUUUGGGUGAAGAAGAAGAUAGCGAACUUGCGGACGGUGUUCAAGAAGGAACACACACCAGUAAUCGAGUCUCAAUGUUCAGGAGCCGGAACUGAUGAUGUUUACCAGCCGACGCUAUGGUAUUAUGAACAGAUGAAGUUCCUUUUGGAGAGAGAGUCGAAGGUACAUGGACAGGGUAGCCUGGAUAAAGAGUCUCCUAAGACGCCAGAGGAAGAGGGGACCCUUAAUCCGGAAUCUACCCCGGAGCUGGUAAUGAACACUUCCGCAACAGAGGCAACAGAACUGGAGUUCAGUGGUGAGGAGUCAGCAGCAUCUCGGUCAACAGCACCACCAAGGCAGAGACGAAAGACUUCAUCAUUGAGUUCCGAUUCUGCAUCCACCAGCACAGUUCAAUUUAUCCAGCGGGCGGAGGAAAUGCUUAAUAGGCCACCGGACUUCUUUCGCCAAUUUUCAAAUACGAUAGCAUCUCAGAUACGUGUAAUGCCCGAAACUGUUUUUAGAACUUUCAGGCGCAUAGUAUUUGAUGCAUUAAGAAGGGCCGAGGAUAAUGACCUAUCCGAUGACCUGGAUCUAAUGUCAAAUCCUGUGCGACGCGCACGAAAUGCCCCACAGUCCCAGUAUCCUUAUACCCAACCAUACUAUUAUACGCCGGGUAAUCCUCCACAGCGCCCUUUUUUUCCGCCGGGACCCCCACCAACACUCACUCUGCCCACUUCUCCCACCAGCACUUUGUCCACUGGACUGUACUCAGCAAUGCUGAGUACACAGCUCCCCCCAGAGGACGAGGCUACUUUUUUAAAUUAUUAAAUUAUAAUUUUUUUAAUUCGUUUUUUUUUAGUUUCCGUUGGACAAAUUGUUCCAUGUUUCCUCGACUCUUGUUAUCUUGUUCAUAGUUACCAUAGUGUCGGUUUUUUGUCCUGGACUUUUGAAUGUUGGGAUAUUGGUCAUUCUUAUCGAUGAAUCCAGUUGCAUAAGUGUUAAAAAUGUAUAGAUUUUUAUAAGUAAAUUAUUUUAAAAAAUAAA